AUGCCGCACCACUCGCGCGAACGAGAGCGGGGUGAAUACCGCUCUCGAGACCGUGAUCGGAGACAAUACCACUACGAGCAAGCAAAUACGCACGAUCGACACGAAUAUACCUCUCAUACCUACGAUGACUACGGGAAUGAUAUCCAAGAUAGUGACGAUGGCGCUGACGAUGCUCUCUUCAACGAUCGAAGACGGAGCCGACAGUCCCGUCGAAAUUCCUCCUCCCACCCGCAAGCUCGGCCCUCACCAGCUCGUCGAACGCAACUGAACCCAUCGCAACGUACGCAGCAGCCUCAACAACGCACGCGCCGCCAGGACCAUAGCUACGAUCCCGAUGACGACGAUGGUGAUGAUUCAGAAUCAGCAGUCAUAGUCGUCGACUCGCGACCGAACAUUUCGCGUCCCGCCCAUGUCAGACCCAGCCCCGUCCGCGUCGAGAGGCGGCGGAGCAAAAGUCGAACGGUCGAGAAUACACACAAUACGGGAAUCAGGGAUUCGAGAUAUAAAUCUAAAGAAUCGCCUGCUACAUCGCCCAUUAAGAAGAGAGAUCGCGAUCGGGAUCGUGAGGGGAGGCGGCGAAGGGAUAGUAUGGCUGAUGAGGAAAGCCCGAGGAAAGGUCGCCUGAGGGAUCGAAGGCGCAAGGGUUUAAACGAUGAUGACGAGGAGAAUGAUGUUCGCGGUGGAUUUGGUACAGACCGGGACCGAGAUAAGAGGAGGAGGAAGGAAAAAGAGAAAUAUCUUCCAAGAGAAAGUGGCGCGUGGAAUAAGCAAAGUAAGCAUGCCAGUACUGACUCUGCGAAUAGCGCGACACAGUUGCUCAGCGUGGAUGCGUUGGCAAAGUUGAACGCGGCGCAAAUAAAAGCUGAGGCUGUGGAGAAGGCCAAGGCUGCGAAGGAUGAGAAAGCUUUACUGGAGAAGGAGAGGAAGAGGAGAAAGAGAGAGGAGGCUAGGGAGAAGGAGAGACGAAUUCCCGUUCAAAAGGGUGCCAAGAUUGCCGCUGUGCUGUCGAAGAACAAGAAGGGUGACCAAGGCGCCAGUGGUGACUCUGGGGAUGGCCCAAGUGAUCCAGCAUCCCAAGGACCACCGCCAAGAACCGAGUUGGGGAACUUUGACCCUAAUACUCUCCCGGAGAGCGCGAAGAAAACAUACUUUGACCCCCGUACUUGGUAUGACACAGCGGACAUGAAUGUCACAUACACUGAUGAAACAGUGGGCGGCCUCCCUAUCAUGGGGCUGAAUUCAACGUGGGAUGACUCCGCCCAAGCAAACAAGAAUGUCCCUCCACUGAACAAGAAGUUCCCGUACGGCAAACAGCCGAUCAGGGGCGUCAACGUUGGCGGCUGGCUCUCUCUAGAGCCCUUCAUCACCCCCUCUUUUUUCAGCAAUUAUAAUUUCCGAGACAACGUUGUUGACGAAUACACACUCAGCAAAAAGCUUGCGCCCAAUGCGGCUCAGUAUAUAGAAAAGCACUACGCAACCUUCAUAAAUGAACAGUCAUUUCGGGAGAUCCGAGAUGCUGGACUCGAUCAUGUCCGCAUCCCCUACUCCUACUGGCUCGUCAAAACCUACGAUGACGAUCCUUACGUCGAAAGGAUUGGCUGGCGCUACCUUCUCCGGGCGAUUGAAUACUGUAGGAAGUACGGACUGCGCGUCAACCUUGAUCUGCAUGGUGUUCAAGGCAGUCAGAACGGGUGGAACCACAGCGGCCGUCAGGGCUCAAUCCGUUGGCUCGAAGACGACGACGGGACCAAGAACGGCGACCGUUCGCUCGAAACUCACAAAAUGUUGGCUACAUUCUUCGCACAGGAACGGUAUAAAAAUGUGGUUACCAUAUAUGGUCUCGCGAACGAGCCGAUGAUGCUAAAGCUUGAUAUUGAAGCUGUUAUUAAUUGGAAUACAAAGGCUAUUUCGAUAAUUAGGGAGAGCGGUUUGAAAGAUGCGAAGAUUGCGUUUGGAGAUGGGUUUCUCAAUCUAGAGAAGUGGAAAACGAUAAUGCAGGAUUAUACGGUUUUCAAUACGGGUCAGGUUGGGCUACCACAUCGCAAGAAGUUGGAUUUUGUGUGUGAAGCUUGGGUCAAUCUGAUUACAAAAUCGAACACAAAGGGUACCGGCUGGGGGCCCACAAUCUGCGGAGAAUGGUCCCAAGCUGAUACCGAUUGCGCCAAAUAUCUCAACAACGUCAAUGUCGGCAGUCGUUGGCUCGGUACCAUGGACAACCCGCAAGCUAAAGACCAAGUCUUGCAGGCGCAUUGUCCAACGCAGUGGCCACAAAAUGAUCCCGCUGUCAACGGCCCGCCCUGUUCCUGUGACCAAGCCAAUGCAGACCCGUCCAAUUAUUCUGACUCGUAUAAAAAAUAUUUGCAGAUGUAUGCUGAAGCGCAGAUGUAUGCGUUUGAGAAGGGGUACGGGUGGUUUUAUUGGACAUGGCAGACGGAGUCUGCGGCUCAGUGGAGCUAUAAGAAGGGACUCGACGCGGGGAUUCUACCGAAAAAGGCAUACGAGCCGGAGUUUAAGUGUGAGAACGACAAGCUAGGAUCCUUUGGAGACCUGGAGGAGUAUUAUUGA